AUGGGUGCUUGGAACUUCACAUCUGUCACCGAGUUCAUCUUGGAUGGCCUAUCUAACCAUCGCAAUACACAGAUUCUGCUCUUUAUAAUAAUCCUCCUCAUCUAUGUCCUUACUCUUACGGGUAACUUGAUCAUUGUAAUGUUGGUGCAGGUCGACUCCAGCCUCCAGACACCUAUGUACUUCUUCCUCACAAAUCUCUCCAGCCUUGAGAUCUGUUAUGUUGCUGUCAUGCAGCCCCAGAUACUAGCUCACCUCCUAUCUGGAAAUGGAAUAAUCUCCUACACCCGCUGUAUGGUCCAGAUAUUUGUUGUAUUGACUUUGGGAACAGUGGAAUGCUUUCUGUUAGGGAUCAUGGCCUAUGACCGGUACCUGGCCAUUUUCCAGCCCCUGAUGUAUGCAGUCGUCAUGAGCAAGUUACGUCAAUUGCAGCUUGCUUCCACUUGCUGGGCAAUAGGUCUCCUCUUUGGUGUGAUAUAUGUGUGCUGCACCUUUCGCCACUCCUACUGUGGUCCCAACCACAUCAAUCACUUCAUGUGUGAGAUGCCAGUAGUGUUAAAACUUGCAUGUGAUGACACUCACAUAACGGAGGCCAUUGUUUUUGCAAUGGCAGCCAUGGUCCUUGUGAUUCCUGUUCUUGUUAUUCUGACCUCCUACGGGCUCAUACUGUACUCUGUGUUACAAACGAAGUCAGCUGCAGGACGGCGCAAGGCCUUCUCCACAUGUGCCUCCCAUCUUGUGGUUGUUACCGUAUUCUAUGGAACUGUCAUAUCUAUGUACAUGAUUCCUCGUUCAAGUGCAUCACCUAAUCGCGACAAGCAAGUUGCUGUUUUUUAUGUUCUGGUGGCCCCUCUGCUCAACCCAAUCAUUUACACUCUGCGGAACAAAGAUGUCCAUAAGGCAGUGUCCAAAGUGCUGCGACAAUGA